AUGUUACCCGAGGAACUUCUUACCAAUCGGUUACAUUUAAAUGGUCCAGAGUUUCUGCAAGAUCCCAACGAUCAGUGGCCAAGUUUGAUACCGAACGAGUUUCCAAUUGAACAGCUUCCAGAUGUUAAAACCUCAGUUAAAAAUGUUUUUCAUGUUCAGGACAAUAUUCAACCUACGGAGGUGAUCAGCCGUUUUUCCACGCUAACAAAGAUGCAACGUGUGUUAGCGUAUUGUUUUCGCUUUGCCCGUCGUCGACAUAUUCCGAAGAGCAGCGGACCAAUUACUCGGAUGGAGUACGACCGUGCAUUGAGCGCUGCUAUUUUAUGUACGCAACUGACUCAUCUAUCGGGUCUACACAAACAGAUAAAAAAUCAAGAUUCCAUCACUCCUACAACGACAGCCCAGCUAGCUCCUUUUAUCGAUGAGAAGGGAAUCAUUCGGGUCGGCGGAAGAUUGAAACGUGCAUUAUUGGAUGAAGAUGCUAAACACCCAAUCCUUCUGCCUCAAAAGACUCAUCUGACGGAGCUUAUCAUUCGACACUAUCAUCACAUUUCGCUACAUGGUGGAUCAAGAUUAGUACUUGCGAUGAUACAUCAAAAAUUUUGGAUUAUUUCUGGUCGAACAGCCGUUCGUAACUUCACCUAUUCAUGUAUCCCUUGCACUAAAUUUAGGAGUAUGAACCCAAAACCUUUUAUGGGGGAUUUGCCAGCUGUUAGACUAACUGCAAACCGACCAUUUUUCGAUGUUGGGAUGGAUUACGGCGGGCCUUUCAUGGUUCGUGAGAGUCGACGUCGCGGUGCGCGUAGCAAUAAGAUAUAUUUAGCAGUAUUCGUAUGCAUGUCAGUAAAGGCUGUGCAUUUGGAGACUGUGUCUGACAUAUCCUCGGACGCAUUCCUCGCCGCAUUGGACAGAUUUGUUGCUCGGCGUGGGAUUCCCAACAGCAUGUAUACAGAUUGCGGCACAAAUUAUGUGGGUGCAGCAAAACAAUUAAAGCAAUUAUUUGACAAGGCUUCCAAUCAGCAUGUUUUAUAUGGUCGUAUACCUUGUAAGUGGCACUUUAAUCCCCCGGGGGCCCCACAUUUCGGCGGUAUAUGGGAAGCUGCCGUAAAGAGCGCAAAAACCCAUUUGAAAAAGGUGAUCGGUGCUCAGAUAUACACUAAUGAAGAAUUUACAACUCUCAUAACGCGGAUCGAAGGCGUGCUGAACUCUCGGCCGAUGUUACCGCUGUCAAGUGAUCCAAACGACCUAGAGGUGUUGACCCCCGGUCAUUUUCUAAUUGGACAACCACUACUAUCACUGCCAGAAGAAAAUGUAGUAGAUACUCCAACUAACCGUCUAAAUCGUUGGCAAUUACUCCGCCAAGCUCAUCAGUCUUUCUGGCGUCGUUGGAGCAACGAAUACUUACACACCCUCCAAGGAAGACAAAAAUGGUACAAGCAGACACCAAACUUAGCCGUUGGAGAUCUUGUGGUCAUCAACACACCAUCACGACCACCCAUGUCCUGGCAAAUCGGUCGAAUCACCCAGGUGCAUCCAGGUGCAGAUGACAUUGUACGUGUAGCGACUGUCAAAACACAGGAGGGAACUCUGACCCGUCCUGUGGUCAAGUUGGUGAAACUACCGGUUGAUCCAAAACCCUAA